CCAGAGCAACAGGCACCGAAAGCCGCAUAACCGGUCAGACUUCUCAAAACCCGGAAGACGCGCGUGUAAGAGAUGGGGAAGAUCUUUCCUAAUUUUACUUGAUUAAACUUUAUCUAAAUCACAAAACUUCGACACCUGUCACUCAGUUGCUUCAUUACGUACCACAGCUUCGAUCAGGAUGGCAGCGUCCGCGAUCUUCAUCCUGGACCUGAAAGGCAAGGUGCUCAUAUGUCGGAACUACAUGGGCAACAUUGACAUAAAUGUGAUUGACAACUUCAUACCCAUAAUGAUGAAGAGUGAAGAUGAUGCUGAUUUGUCACCUGUGGUGGUUCAUGGGUCCACCCACUUUCUCUGGAUCAAGCACAGCAACCUGUACCUGGUUGCCAUUACAAAGAAGAAUACUAAUGCUGCCCUUGUGUACUCCUUCCUGUAUAAAAUAGUGGAGGUGUUCACAGAAUACUUCAAAUCGAUGGAAGAAGAGAGUAUUCGGGACAACUUUGUGACAGUGUAUGAGCUUAUGGAUGAAAUCAUGGACUUUGGCUUCCCUCAGACCACUGACAGCAAGAUCUUACUGGAGUACAUAACGCAGCAAGGGCAUAAGCUGGAGGUGGGUGCUCCACGUCCCCCAGCUACAGUAACCAAUGCUGUGUCGUGGAGGUCAGAGGGCGUCAAAUACCGGAAAAAUGAAGUCUUUAUGGAUGUUAUUGAGUCUGUCAAUUUACUGGUCAGUGCUACAGGCAGCAUUCUACGUAGCGAGAUUUUGGGCAACAUCAAACUCAAAACCCUUCUAUCAGGCAUGCCUGAGCUGAGGCUGGGACUAAAUGACAAAGUUCUCUUUCAGAUCACUGGGAGAGAAAAGAAUAAAUCUGUGGAGCUGGAAGAUGUGAAGUUUCAUCAGUGUGUGCGUCUGUCACGUUUCGAGAACGACCGGACCAUUUCUUUUAUCCCACCCGAUGGAGAAAGUGAACUCAUGUCUUACAGACUUAACACCACGGUAAAGCCUCUAAUAUGGAUUGAGAGCGUAAUAGAGAAGUUCUCUCACAGUCGAGUAGAGAUCAAGGUUAAGGCCCGGAGUCAAUUCAAGAGCCGUUCCACUGCCAACAACGUGUCCAUUCUGGUGCCCGUUCCCAGCGACGCUGACUCCCCCAAAUUUAAGACCACCACAGGUCAGGCUAAAUGGGUUCCUGAGAAGAAUGCUGUGGAGUGGAACAUUAAAUCCUUCCCUGGUGGAAAGGAGUUCAUGAUGAGAGCUCAUUUUGGAUUGCCAAGUGUGGAAAGCGAUAUAAUGGAAGCAAAGCCACCAAUCACAGUGAAGUUUGAGAUCCCUUAUUUCACGGUGUCUGGAAUACAGGUGCGAUACUUGAAAAUUAUUGAGAAGAGCGGAUACGAGGCACUACCAUGGGUGCGUUACAUUACUCAGAGCGGAGAUUAUCAGCUGAGGACCAAUUGAGAAAAGUCACAUGUGAGAAGGUGCCCGGGUGUGUUCAUCUCUUGUAUGUCCUGUUUCAUCUCUGAGACAGCAGCUGCCCUGCACCCAGCAGACAGACGGCUGAACCCGCCCUCUUGAUCAGAAUCUGCACUUGUGGACGUGCAAGUCUUUGGUCUGAGAUCAGGUUUUUGAAAUUGGGCUACUUAAAGCUCAGAACCAUCAUUUGAAUUGGUGUAGGUGUGUUAAAAUACAGAUCAAUUUAUAAAUCUAUUGUUAUGUAUAUUAUCGAUUCUGUUUGGACUUCCAAACCAAUUAAAUGGAUUCAUGUUACAAGAUAUGUUUUCGGUACUGGUUGUUUUUUUACUGUUGUAGGUGAUGGUACACAAAAUGUGAUGUAAUCUUUAAAGCUGUACACACAAGCCCAAUGAAACUAAUACCUUGUGUUCAAAAUUAAUGAUUUAUAAGGCGGUGUACUGUUAGGACACCAAUGUAACACUAUAUUUUCACCACCGUGGCUCCGUAUGACUCGAAAUACCACUAUUGUGCCUUUUCUGGACUUCAGAAGCUAUUAGAAAGGACCUCUGAAAUAGGUGCAAUACUGCAAUAAUAUUUACUACUAUGUCCUUCCCCCAAACCAAGACUUUUUAAUAUUAAACUUAUGAAAUAUAUUUUUAAUAAAGACAUUUCAAAACUUUAAAAAAAAAUGUGCUCCUCCGCACACACACACACACACACACACGAGUCGACAGACUGAAGUGAAAAUGCUAAUGCUAAAUGCUAAUUCCUCUGCAACACACUGUGACCACUGACCUAACAGCAAAUCACACACAUUUAAGCUGAUGUAAGCCAGGAUGCUUCGAUUAACUACGAUCACUUUUAGUUUAAUUCACAUUAGUCAAAAUGUCAACUCGUGUUCACACUUUGAAGUUUUCACUUCACAUUAAAUUUGUAAUUGAAUGCACUGUAGCUACCACUUGUUUUAUCAGUGUAUGUAUUUUAUGUGUGUGUCUGCAAGAGUCUGCCAGUUUAGCAGCGGGAAACAAAUUAUAUUUGCUGCCAUCCUGUCCAAACGGUUCUAUCCCCUCAUUUAUUUACCAAAGGUCAACGGCAUGGUGGCAUCCCUUUGCUAAAUCUAAAAUAUGUAUUCUUUGUCUUUUUUAUUGAUAACGUUUUUGCUCAAAACUGUACAGAAAGGUCACUGUAAGAAAAUAAAGGGAGUUUUUAUUA